CCUCUCUGCCUGCAGGCUGGGGAGGGGCCUCCUGGAAGCAGGACAAAGGGCAGGAGAUGGGGGCAAAUCCCAGUAGAACUGGGGCCAGAGCACUUUUUCCUAGGGCUGUUGCUGCCAGUGGGUGGGCCUGAGGGAGGCCGGGCUGGGGGACUGGGGUCUCUUGCUUACUUCCCAGGUCCUUCAGACCCCUCUCCCAGAGCUCCCAGCCCACCAAGAGCCCUGUCUCCCCCUUACUCCUCUCACAGUUGGGCCCCGGAUGACCACAGAGCCCCAAUCCCUGCUCGUGGAUCUGGGCUCCGAUGCGGUCUUCAGCUGUUCCUGGACAGGCAACCCCUCCCUGACCAUCGUCUGGAUGAAACGGGGCUCGGGCGUGGUGCUGAGCAAUGAAAAGACCCUGACCCUCAAAACCGUCCGCCAGGAGGAUGCUGGGAAGUAUGUGUGCCGAGCCGUGGUGCCCCGGGUGGGAGCCGGGGAGCGAGAGGUGACCCUGACUGUCAAUGGACCCCCCAUCAUCUCCAGCACCCAGACCCAGCAUGCCCUGCACGGGGAGAAGGGCCAGAUCAAGUGCUUCAUCCGAAGCACGCCGCCACCCGACCGAAUCGCCUGGUCCUGGAAGGAGAACGUGCUGGAGUCGGGGACGUCGGGGCGCUACACGGUGGAGACGGUCAGCACCGAAGAGGGGGUCAUCUCCACGCUGACCAUCAGCAACAUCGUGCGGGCCGACUUCCAGACCAUCUACAACUGCACCGCCUGGAACAGCUUUGGCUCCGACACAGAGAUCAUCCGGCUCAAGGAGCAAGGUGGGGGCCGCCAGGGCCACCAGGGGAUGACAGGACCGGCAGGGCCCCAGGCAAGGUCUUCCAGGGUCUUGAACCAACAGAGCCCAGCUGAGGCCACAGGCAGGUUGAGCCUGAGGACAAGCCACAGAGCACUUCCUAACUUGUUCCACAGCCUUGGUCAGGUCACAGGAAGUGGCCCUCUGUGGUCCAGUUCCCCCAAGGCCAAGGCACACCAGGAAAGGAAAGGGGGAGGAAACCUGCUUAGGUUGGUGGUUCUCCAGGAUGGUGUUUCAGGAAAAGGUGACCACAGAGCAAGCCAAGCUGAUUGCCAUGAGGAGCCUUCCAGCAGCUUCUAAGGGCCCUGGCUUCUGUGCACUCGGCAUUUCCCUAGUGUCCUUAGGGGGGUGUCAU